AUAGCUAGACGAGUUGUAGCAGAAGCACUCGCGGCCAGGCAAAAGACAAGCUGGCAAGAGAAAAUAAACAGCAUGGACGAAGACGCAGUUUGAAAUUCGUGUUAUUGUUAUCGUCCAGUCUAGUGAUUUAAUUACGAACGUUUUUUAUUUUGUUUAUGAACUUGAUCAGCUUUUUGGAAGAUGUCGUGGGGAGUUUGUAGUCGGGCCCUUGUGUGGUGCAUUUUCACGUUGAUCUGCAUCGUGCCGCACACGGGUUUCUGUGGAGCCACCGCCUCACUGCCAGAGAGUCUGCUCUUUGUGUCCACCCUGGAUGGCAACCUGCACGCUGUCAGCAAGAGAUCGGGUUCCAUACAGUGGACGCUGAAGGAAGAUCCUGUUCUACAAGUCCCUACGCAUGUGGCCGAGCCAGCCUUUCUACCAGACCCUAAUGAUGGCAGCCUGUAUUCUUUAGGAGGGAAGAACAACGAGGGACUAACGAAGCUGCCAUUCACCAUUCCUGAGUUGGUCCAGGCCUCUCCCUGCCGCAGUACCGAUGGCAUCCUCUACACCGGUAAGAAGCAGGACGUGUGGUACGUGGUAGACUUGUUGACGGGAGAGAAACAGCAGACCCUGACAUCGGCGUUUGCUGACAUGUUGUGUCCGUCCUCCUCCCUGCUCUUCCUCGGACGCACCGAGUACACCAUCACUAUGUACGACACCAAGAGCCGUGAGCUGCGAUGGAACGCCACCUACUCCGACUACGCCUCCACCCUGCCAGACGACGACACCAAACACAAAAUGGCGCACCUGGUGUCGAACAGCGACGGGCUGGUGGUGACGGUGGACAUCGAGACGGGCGACGUGCGCUGGGUGCAGAACUACGAGUCACCCGUGGUGGCGGUGUACAUCUGGCAACGCGAGGGCCUGCGCAAGGUGUCCCACACCAGCAUGGCCAAGGACACCCUGCGCUACCUGACCUUCAUGCAGGGCGAGGUGGGCCGCAUCACGCGCUGGCGCUACCCCUUCCCCGUCGAGAAGAAGAAACCCAAGGACAAGCUCAUGGACACUCUGUAUGUGGGCCGCACCUCUACAAGCCUGUACGCCUCUCCUUCCCUCGUGCACGACGGAGUCACUGUGAUGCCGCGUGGCAGUACCUUCCCCAUGCUGGAGGGUCCUGGGGGGAUUCCGAGGCGCGUGCCGAAGGAUUUACCGGACUGUGUCAUCACCAGCCCCAACGUCCACCCCGGCACAGCCCUGGAGAAACGCAACCGCAACAUCAACUACAUGUGGGACCACCCUCUCAUUAUAGGUCAUCAUGAGAUGCCGCCAGAGGCCCAGAGCUCUCUGCUGGAAGGCUUCCCAGAGAGUGUACCCCGCCCGCCACACAACGUCAUCCCCCCCACCACCGACAAGCCCCGCGAAGAGAAGAUGAAUGACAGUGGUAUGGAGCAGCCUACCCCAUCCCCGGCCCCGGCCCCGGUGACCGACAUCCAGGAGAAGCGUGCGGGGCGUGGGGAGAGGGCUCCAGAGAAGCCGGUGGACUCCAUGCUCAAGGACAUGGCCACCAUCAUCUUCAGCACCUUCCUGCUGGCCGGCUGGGUUGCCUUCCUCAUCAUAUAUCCCAAGAGCAUGCAGAGGCAGCAGCAGCUGCAGCACCAGCAGUUCCAGCAGCAGAUGGAGCAGAAGCUGGAGCUCCUCCAGAAGCAGACCACCCUGCUGUUCCAGCCCCCCGCAGACCUGCCCCCCGACGAGGCCGCCGAGUACCUGCUGCUGCGCGGGGCCGUGGGCGGCGGAGGAGGAGGAUUAGGAGCAGGAUUAGGUGGUUCAGAGAGCUCGGACCACAGCAGUCCCGCUGGCACGCCCCGAGCCUCCAACCACUCCAACCUGUCCGUGUCCGAGCUGGGCAGCUCAGCCAAUGAGCACGAGGAGAACGAGGACGAGUCUGCUACUGUCAGAGUUGGCAACAUCACGUUCAACCCCAGGAAUGUGCUGGGUCACGGCGCGGAGGGAACCAUCGUGUACAGGGGUCAGUUUGACAACCGCGCGGUGGCAGUGAAGCGGAUCUUGCCCGAGUGCUUCAGCUUCGCCGACCGCGAGGUGCAGCUGCUGCGCGAGUCAGACGAGCACCCCAACGUCAUCCGCUACUUCUGCACCGAGCGCGACCGCCAGUUCCAGUACAUCGCCAUCGAGCUAUGCGCCGCCACGCUGCAAGAGUAUGUGGAGCGUCCCGAUUUCAACCGGCGUGGUCUGGAGCCCGUGUCUCUGCUGCAGCAGGCUAUGUCUGGCCUGGCCCACCUCCACUCCCUCAACAUUGUGCACAGAGACCUGAAGCCGCACAACAUCCUGGUGUCCAUGCCCAACGCCCACGGGCGCGUGCGGGCCAUGAUCUCCGACUUUGGCCUGUGCAAGAAGCUGGCGGCGGGCCGUCACAGCUUCAGCCGGCGCUCCGGCGUGCCGGGCACCGAGGGAUGGAUCGCCCCAGAGGUCCUCAGCGAAGACUGCAAGCUCAACCCGACGUGCACGGUGGACAUCUUCUCUGCCGGCUGCGUCUUCUACUACGUGGUGUCGCAGGGCAGCCACCCCUUCGGCAAGUCCCUGCAGAGGCAGGCCAACAUCCUGCAGGGCAGCUACAGCCUGGAGCACCUGCAGCCCGACCGACACGAGGACAUUGUGGCGCGGGAGCUGAUCCAGCAGAUGCUGAGUCUGGAGCCGCAGCAGCGCCCCCUGGCGGAGCGUGUCCUCAAGCACCCCUUCUUCUGGAGCCUGGAGAAACAGCUGCACUUCUUCCAGGACGUGAGUGACCGGAUCGAAAAGGAGCCGCUGGACGGACCAAUCGUGCGACAGUUGGAGCGCGGAGGGCGGGCUGUCGUCAAGGGAGACUGGAGAGAACACAUCACAGUGCCUUUGCAAACAGACCUCCGAAAAUUCCGUUCGUAUAAAGGAGGAUCAGUAAGGGAUCUUAUGCGUGCCAUGAGAAAUAAGAAGCACCACUACAGGGAGUUGCCCCCGGAGGUGCAGGAGACGCUGGGCUCGGUGCCGGACGAGUUUGUGGCCUACUUCACGUCCCGCUUCCCCUCGCUGCUGACGCACACCCACCAGGCCAUGCGCCUCUGCGCCCUGGAGCGCCCCUUCCUGCCUUACUACCACCCCACAGAGCUGCUCCUGCCCCGGACUACACCCCCAGCCCCAGCCCCAGCCCCAGCCUCAGCCCCAGGUUCAGCCCCAGCCCCAGGCCCAGGCCCAGGCCCAGCCCCACACGCUCACCCACAACCCCCCACUAGCGCACUCUCGCUAUCGCCAGAUCCCCUCACGCAACCCCCACCCACCUCCACAGGCACAGGCACAGGCACAGGCACAGGCACAGGCACAGGCACAGGCACAGCCCCAUGCACUGACUCCCACCAAUCUGACCAACUGUCCAGUACUGCCGCGCCACAGCCAACAGACCCAGAGCCGCCCAGUGCAGUGACUCCCACAGGGGCUGUAGAGGCUCCUGCUUCUCCUGACCCCCCAGCCACUGCAGAGAGCCCCCCUCCUGCACCCACGGACCCCACACAGCAAGGCAGCGCGGAGUGACUGGUGCCAGGCAGGGUGAUGGGUCAUAUUUUGACGGUGGUCGUCGGUAGACACAUUCCAGGAAGCAGGCUGGUCUUUCCCUUCCCUGCCUUAGCCUUGCCUUGUCUUGUCUUGUCUUACUCGCCCCACUCGGCUCUGCCUUUUCUGGUGUGGACUGGGCCUGCAGUGCCCAGGACGUGCCUGUAGGUGGAGCAGUGGCAGCAGUGGCAACAGUGGCAGUGAUGGCAGCCUGAAAUGCCUCCCCCUUUUCAAAUCACACCCCCGCAAAAGUGCCUUGACUCGGAUCCAAUGAGACGCGUUGAAAGGUCAAGGAGUGUCGUUUCGGGUGUGGUGAGGACAUUUGAUCUAAUAGAAGGUUCUACUGAGACUGACGGGAGUUCACGUCAACAGGAGUGGACAAUGUGUAUUAAAUUUUUUUGUCAGAGACGUGACGGCAAUUGAUUUUUUGUUCUAUUGUUAUUAUUAUUGUUUAUUAUAUUAUUAUUUCUCUUAUUGUUGUGCAAUGUUGUUUUAAGGGUUCAAGGAGUUCUCACUGUCAGAUGUAUAUUUUUGCAGAGGAAAUACCAAUGGUUUGAUUCUAACUGUUUUAAACGAUGACUGUGCCUUAUGGGAGGGGGGGGGGUGGAAAUGAGAACGGAUUUGAUUCACAGUGAAUUUCACAAUGUUUUGUUUGUAUGUUGUCUGACUUUUUGGGUGAAAGUGUCUUAUGGUUUAAAAAAAAACGGGCAGGAGUGUGUUCCUGCUUAAUUAUCACAGCCCUACAGAAGUGAUCAUGUCUGUCGGUCUCAGAUAAGAUUUUUUUUUUUAAAGAAUAUGUUUAAGUGCACAUGUGUCUCUAUUGUGUUUUUUUACCACCUAUUUUUCUACUCUGUAAUUUUUUUUUUAUUUCCCUCUGAUCUGUUAAUCCCCAUGAGCUUUAUUGUGGAUGUUUCUCUCGUGAGAGAGAGAAAUCUUGUUUUAUCACUACAUGAUCAACGCAAAAAUAUGGAUAUGAAAUACAAAUGCGAAAACUGUUUUGCUUUUAUUUUUAAAUGGAAAUGGACAUUUCUCUUCUGUUUCUGUCAAAACAAUGAAAUGGAUAUUUAAUUUACUGGCAUGGCAACCACACAAGCAUAACAUGGUGUGUGUUAUGUUAACAGUGGAAAACCUGAGAUCUACAAGAAUUCAACCUACUAAAAGGUAAUCGACUUGUUAUUGAAUGAGAGGUGCCAAUGGACGUUAGCUUUAUUUGGACAAUAUUUUAUGCAGUUCACUUUGACAAUUCAACCUCUCUUUUAUUAGUAGCAUUCAAGUCAAGAUGUCCAGUCUGAGAAAACUGAUAUGGGUCUUCGCUUAUGAUUUUUUGUUUUUUUUAGUCCGUCCUCCUGUCCUCGCCAGGGAUUAAACAUGUGAAAUUGUAGGCAUUAUGGCGAAACACCUAAUCAAUUUUCAUGCAAUGUGUUCUUUGCCUAAUAAAGGGUUCUACAUGCUCAGCAAAUGUACUUUUACUCAGUGAUGUGUAGCUGGUUGUUUUUCUUGUUUGCAAUCUGUAUUUUUGUGUCUCUUUUUUCCCUUCCAUCAGUGCCCUCUGAGUAUGCAAUGCUGCGCCAUGUAGUUUCUGCCAUGCCAGCUCAAUUGUUUAUUGAAUCUAAGCUGCUAUGUGAAAUGCCAAAUAAAAGACGAUUAAAAACGAA